CGCCAUAUUGAUUCAAUUGUCUGCUAGAGACCACAGAUGAUAUGAGAAAAGAAGCAUUUGAGAGAGACACUUGAUUCAAUGCUCUUGUCAAUAACAGUGAGCGAUUGUCCAUCCUACGUACAACUGUAUACAGUUUAUUUAUUCUGGUUAAUUUCUUGUGUGCUGUGACAAGUGAAAAGAAAUAUACGCAAUUAUACCAGGAACGUUCAUCGUUUAUAUCGGCAAUUUAGUAAAAUAUUGACAUAGCAGGACAGUGUCAGUGCAUUGACAUUUUAUUCGUUGAAGAGUAUUUAUAAGAAAAAGAGAUUCAAAAUGUCUCUUUAUCCUACGCUAGAAGACAUGAAAGUAGAUCACAUGAUGAAGGCUCAAAUGGAAGCGGAGUCACAAUAUGCCAUUCCAAUGCCGACCGAACCCGCAGUUCCCUCGGCUCCGGUUUACGUUCCUUCCGCACCCAGUGUGUUAUAUCCAUCCUUGGGGGAUUACAUGGGACUCGAGCUAAACGAAGACACCAUUGCACAGAAUAUGCCUGAAUAUGCGCUCGCUAAACGUCAAACUGCAAAUGAUAUGACACUUACUUCAUCAAAUGUAACAUACAAUUCAUUAACAGGGUUUGUCGCUCCUUUGUCGGGAGAAUCAAUGGCUUUACAGAAAGCUCAUGUAACAAACGGCAUUAGAGAGUUGAUAUUGUGCAAAGAUGCUGAUGGAAAAGUUGGUGUUAGAGUACAUUCAAUAAAUAAUGGAAUCUUUGUAUGCCUCGUGAGUCAAAAUUCUCCAGCGGCAAUGGGUGGAUUACGUUUUGGUGAUCAGAUUUUAAGUAUUAAUGAUGUAUGUGUCGCUGGAUACUCGAUGGAUCAAGUGCACAAGCUGUUCCGUACUGCAAAUACCAAUGGAAUUAAAGUCGUCGUACGUGAUAGACCUUUGGAACGUACCGUAACGAUGCAUAAAGAUAGUACGGGUUACAUUGGAUUUCAAUUCAAGAAUGGAAAAAUAAUUGCUCUAGUGAAAGAUUCCUCGGCCGCGCGAAACGGACUCUUAACCGAUCAUCAAAUACUCGAGAUCAAUGGAAAGAACGUAAUUGGGAUGAAGGAUAAAGACAUUACGACAGAGAUUGAAAAUGGUGGAAAUAUCAUCACAGUGACAGUAAUUCCAUCUUACAUUUAUGAUCACAUGGUGAAAAAAAUGUCCAGCAGUUUGCUGAAGAAUUUGAUGGAUCAUUCUGCACUGGAUCUUUAAAUAAGGAAAUAAAUUGCCAAAUUCAUGUACGCCAUACAGCCAAUCGAUGGGCACGUGCAUUAUUCUCUGUAGUUCUUUAUUACAAAGAAAAUAAUAUGAAUACCCUACAGAUACAUUAUUAUAAGCAGAAGAUGCCAAUCAUAUUAUUGCAAGUGUGACGUAUGUGAUACCUAUCUAGAAUGUAGAGCCUAGAAUUCCAUGUCAAUCUCGACAUUAAUUGGCUAAAAAUCAUGGAAAGAUAUGUAUCAAAGAUAUGUAUCAAAGAUUAUUUUUUUAUACAAAAGCACACCAAAUCUUGCUAAGAAUAUGUGGACUUCAUUGUUCAAUUCUAUAGAAGAAAAUUUUUCGUUGCAUUUAUCCAAACUGCAUAAAAAAUUACUUUGCGUUAUAAGAUAAUUAUAUUCGAAUUCACAUUUUGUUUAUAUAAAAGGACAAAAAUUUAUUGCGGUAUUUUGAACAUUGUUGUUGAGUGAUAAAAAGUUACAAUUUUUUAAUACAAAAUAUAUAAAAUUAAAAAAAAAGUUUUAAUUUUAUAUAAAAUUUUUAUUAAUAUGUGUCUAAUAAAAUCUUGUAAUUAAUACACUUUCGCACGACAAGAUCAAAUUUUUUUUUAUAUUUGUAAGAAACUGUAUUAUAAAAAUCAUUGGUAUGUUAUUACAGCUACUAUAUAGAUAGAUUUUAUUUUUGUUAACUUUUGAAUGUAUCCAUGUGUUUGAUAUCUAUUUGCAACUUUUUAUCGUAUUGUCACAAUAAAAAUAACAUUUCAGAAAAAUAAGAAAUAUAAAAUAUAAUUAAUAAUAUAUAAAUAUCUUUCGCACAUAUUUUCUCGCAUCUUUAUUAGUAUUUUAAUCAAAGACAACUAAUAUUAUAUCAUAUUGAUAUCGAUUUUUCAAUGUAAAUUCUCUUAAUUGUUUAGAAAAAUAGAUUAGUAUACAAUAUUAUGUAUGUUCAACUUUUCAAUUAUGAUUUCCAUUCUAGUUUAGAUAAAUUUAAUAAAAAAUUUUUUUUAAUUAAUGCUUAGAAAUGUUUUCACUCCACAUUUGAGAAAUAU